AUGGCCGAUAUCCCGGUGGACGGCCGGACGCCUGCAUCAAAAGAUAGGACAGUAGCCAUGGAGGCGGGCUCUGCCAUCGGCGAUGGAGAAGAGGGGGAAAAGAAGAAUGCACGCCCUGAACGGACUGCCGACUUCCAGGACUACCUGCGCGUCUUCAGUUAUGCCAAUGCCUGGGAUUUUGCUGCCUAUGGUGCUGGCGUUGCUGCCUCUAUCGGAUCUGGUGUCACCGUCCCCCUGAUGAACGUCGUCUUCGUUCGCUUUAGCCUGUACAUUUUCAUCCUAUUCCUCGCUCGCUGGCUGCUAGGCACAAUAAACAAGUUCGCCUUCCGCAUGAUCGGCAUCCGCAUCUCAUCAGCUAUCCGUCUUCAUUACCUGCAGCGCCUCUUUGGGCAGAGCAUCCACGUCCUCGACUCUAUGCCCCCCGGCUACGCUGUGAGCACCAUCACGACCACAAGCAACACCCUUCAGCUCGGUAUAUCCGAGAAACUCGGCACCUUCAUCGAGUACACGUCUCUCAUCAUUGCUGGCUUCAUCGUCGCCUUUGCCCGCAGCUGGGAGCUCACCCUGGUCACCUUCUCCGGAACCGUGUUUAUGCUCUUGGUCGUGAGCUUACUUCUCCCCGUCAUCAUCAAAGGCCACUCGCGUGUGACAGAGGCGGAUGGUCGUGCUGGUGCCAUCGCUAGCGAAGCCCUGGCUAGCAUUCGCAUGAUUAUGGCGUGCGGUGCCGAGGCCCGCACUUCGAAAAGGUACUCCGCGUUUGUUGCAGAGUCUAAAAAGCACAGCCUGUUCACCUCGCCAUUCAUGGCUACCCAGUUCAGCCUGGUGUUCUUCGGAGCAUUUGCCUCGUUCGGCCUGGCGUUCUGGUACGGAACCAGGGCGUACACGCGCGGCAGGCUCGACAACGUUGGCGAUAUUGUCGUUGUUCUGAUAUCCAUCAUGAUGAUCGUCUUCUCUCUUGAACGUGUUUCGACCCCGUUGCUUGCAGUGAGCAAGGCGACCGUGGCCGCAUGCGAAUUCUUCACCGUCAUUGAUGCGCCCCAGCCCAACCAGGGCCACCUGAGGGAACCCGAAGUAUCAGCUACCGAUGACAUCGUUCUCAGCAACGUCACUUUUGCCUACCCGAGUCGACCGCACCUCAAGAUUCUCGACAACCUGGACCUCCACAUCGAAGCCGGCAAGAUCACCGCUAUCGUCGGCUCCUCCGGCUCUGGAAAGAGCACCGUCGUAGGCCUCAUCGAGAGGUGGUAUACCCUCAGGAACCAGUACACCAUUGCCAAGACCACCGAGAAGGGCAAAACGAAGUCCGAUAAGAAAGAUGAUUUCGACGACGAAGUCGAGCCUGUCAAUCUCCAUGAGGACGAAGACAACGGUCCCGCCGUCGAGCUCAGCGGGUCCAUUCAGAUCUCUGGCCGCAACCUGGAUGCGAUUGAUCUCAAGUGGUGGAGGUCCAAGAUUGGCCUGGUCCAGCAGGAGCCGUUCCUGUUCAACGAAAGCAUCUACAGCAACGUUUCCAAGGGACUGGUCGGCUCGGAAUGGGAGAACGAGCCCGAGGAACGCAAGCGGGAGCUCGUCAAGGAGGCCUGUAUUGAGGCCUUUGCCGACGAGUUUAUCGACAGACUCUCCGAUAAAUAUGACACCAUGGUAGGCGACGGUGGCGCCAAGUUGUCUGGUGGUCAGCGCCAGCGGAUUGCCAUUGCCCGAUCGAUCGUUCGCAAGCCGCAGAUACUCAUCCUCGACGAGGCAACGAGCGCCAUUGACGUCCGCGGAGAGCGCGUCGUGCAGGCAGCCCUGGACCGGGCCGCUAAGGGCCGGACCACCAUCACGAUUGCUCACCGUCUAUCGACUAUCAAGAAGGCCGACCGCAUCGUAGUGAUGAAGAAGGGGAAGCUGGCGGAGAGCGGCGAUCACGAAAGCCUCGUGGCCGCGCAGGGCAUAUACUACGGUCUCGUACAGGCGCAGAACCUGUCUAUGGGAGACGAGGCAGAGGCCGACGAAAAGACAGCACCCGAGACGACGGACGAUGACUCCUCUCUGACAAGGGAGAAGACGCACAACGCACUUUCCGAGGCGGCAGACGAGCAACAAGAGGACAAGACAUCCCCGGACAAGAACCGCAGCCUAUUCCGGAGCUUCGGACGCUUCUUCUACGAAUCCCGUGACAUCUGGCUACUCAGCGGGCUGGCCAUUCUCGCCUCAGCGGGUGCCGGUGCGGCCAACCCGCUGCAGGCGUGGCUCCUCGCGCAGUCCAUCAACGCGUUCCAGCAUCGGGCCGCCCCGAACAAGCUGAUGGACGAGGGCGAAUUCUGGGCACUCAUGUGGACCAUGCUCGCUAUCGGCGUCGGAGUGGCCUAUUUCUUCACCUUCCUCACGUCGCUGCGGCUGUCGGGCAUCACGCGAGCCAAGUAUCAGCAGGAGUACUUCGACUCCAUCCUGUUUCAGAAGGCGGCCUACUUCGACGAUGAGGACCACUCGCACGGCACCGUGACGGCGCGGCUGGCGGGUGACCCAAAACAGCUGGAGGAACUGAUGGGCGCCAACAUGGCCAUGGUGUACAUCGCCAUGUUCAAUAUUGCCGGGUCCAUCGCCAUCGCGCUAAGCUUCACGUGGAAGCUGGCGCUCGUGUCCAUCUGCGUGGUGCUGCCCGCCACCAUGUUGGCGUCCUUCUUCCGCUUCCGCUACGAGCUGCAGUUUGAGCAGAUGAACAGCCAGGUGUUCGCCGAGAGCUCCCGGUUCGCCUCCGAGUCCAUCGGUGCGAUGCGCACCGUCACAGCCCUGACGUUGGAGACAUCAAUCACCGAGCGCUUCGACGCGCUGUGCCGCGGCCACGUGGCGCAUGCCUACCGCAAGGCGCGGUGGGUCAGCAUCCUGUUCGGCUUUGCCGACAGCACCACGAUGGCCUGCCAGUCGCUCAUUUUCUAUUACGGCAGUCGUCUCCUCCUGCAUGGCGAGAUCACGCUCGUCGACUUCUUCGUGUGCCUCAUGGCCAUCAUGAACGCGGGACAGUCUGCCGGGCAGGGGCUGAGCUUCGGGCCUAACGCGGCGCAGGUGACGGCGGCGGCGAACCGGAUCCUCAACGCACGCGAGUCGCGGCUCUCGGACGCCAUGACGGACAGGCACGCCAUCGAGGACGCGUCGGGCGGGAUGAAGAUUGAGCUGCGCAACGUGCGCUUCAGGUACCCGGCGCGCGGGACUCCCGUCUUCGACGGGCUCAGCCUGACUAUCGAGAGGGGCCAGUUCGCGGCGCUGGUGGGCGCCUCGGGCUGCGGCAAGACGAGCACCGUGUCCCUUCUGGAGCGCUUCUACGACGUCGACGGGGGCCAGAUCCUCGCCGACGGCCGGGACAUCUCGGAGCUCAACGUCCACGCGUACCGGAAGCACCUCGCCCUCGUGGCUCAGGAGGCCACGCUCUUCCAGGGCACCCUGCGCGACAACAUCCUCCUCGGCGUCGACCCGGAGGCAGUGACGGACGACCAGCUGCAUGACGCCUGCCGCGACGCCUCGAUCCACGAUUUCAUCGUCUCGCUUCCCGAGGGCUACAGCACCAACAUCGGCUCCAGGGGCGUCUCCCUGUCGGGCGGGCAGAAGCAGCGCAUCGCCAUCGCCCGCGCCCUCAUACGCCGGCCCAACGUCAUGCUCCUCGAUGAGGCCACCAGCUCCCUCGACUCGGAGAGCGAGAGGCUCGUCCAGUCGGCCUUUGAGAGAGCCAGCCACGGCCGCACCAUGAUUGUCGUAGCCCACCGCCUGGCCACGGUGCAGAAUGCCGACGUCAUCUUCGUCCUUGGUGACGGGAAACUUCUAGAGAAGGGGAACCACGCUGAGCUUCUCAGGAAGAGGGGUAUCUACCACCAAAUGUGUCAGAGCCAAGCUCUUGACCGGUAG